AUGAAAGACAACACAAUUCUUGAUAAUCGUUACGGUGCCUCACAAUCUCUUAUUCCUAAGAAAAUACAAAGCUCACAUCAAUUCAAAACCGGUUAUAAUUACGGGCUCGUGUCUCCGGUUCUUGGUUUAUUGGCUUACAAUUCAAACCCGUAUGGUGUGGCUGUGAAUCCUUAUGAGAUUAACAUAAUAGGCACGGAACAAAACUCUAUUUUGAUCAAGUUCUUGAGUAGCGUGGCAAGUGGGAGCCCUAAACCUAACACGAAGAAGAACUCAUCUCUCUUGUGUGCUUGCUUCACAAGUAACGGUAACAUAACGUUUAGGGAGCAAGUUUCAGCCUCCGUUUUCUUGGGAACAAGACAAGGGCAUUAUGUGCUGGUGAUUAGAGCUCAUGAUAGUAGUGGUCGUGGUAGUACGUUGGUAACGCCGCCGUCAUCUCCGGCGGUGAAUGACGGUGGCGGAGGGAAAUUGGCGGUUGGGAGUGUGAUUGGGUCAAUGAUUGGAGCGUUUCUGUUACGGUUAUUGGUGGUGGCGAUGGUAGUGAAAGGGAAGAAGAAAACUAUGAGAGAGGAGAUGGAGAGGAGAGCUUAUGAAGAAGAAGCACUUCCGGUUUCAAUGGUGGGUCAUGUUAGAGCUAAUCCUAAUGCUUCAAGAACAAGAACGGUUCCAAGAUUUGACAAUACUAGGUACAGUAAGUCAGUAACAAGUAACAACAAUCGUAAAUUAGGUAGAUCGUCCUUCUUGAUAUAAUAUUUUCCAUUUUUAGUGUUAAUUGAACCUCUCUUUUUUCUAUUUAUGUUGGAUUGUAAGUUGUAAGAUUUCAUUAUUUAGGAGAUAAUAUGUGGAAUUAACUGUAUUGAAAAUGUUGUAACACAGUUUAAGUUGUUUUGGGCUAGUUGGUUAAUUACAUACAUUUUGAAAUCGAAAGUGAUGGCUUAGCUUAGGGUUUAGAAACGUUUUGGUUUUAACUUUUUCUAAAAAAUAUAGAUAACGAUUUCUGAAUUAUGUAGAUCAUAAUCUAAACAAUUAAUAUCCAUUUAAAACGUAAUCUAU